CUGGAUUCAGGUAGGAGUAUCUACGACCCAAUUGGUCCGGCCCGUCCGGGAUUAUGAACUUCCCAUCUAUCAUAGCGCGCAGCGAAAGCACUCGCAAACUAACACGAACCAGUAGCUCCAAUGGCGGCAUCUCCGAAUAAAGAACCAUCUCCAACCCAAACCCUAAACCCUCAACCCUCCGCUCCUCUCCAAAUGGACGGCCACGAUUCGACCACCCAACCCUCUAGCCCACUCCAACAAGAACCGUCCAAUUCCCAACCAACAUCGGCGGAUGACGCCGUUUCAUGCGGCGAAAAGCGAAAGCGAGAGGACCCGUCCCUCCACCCACUGUGGAAGACAAGCCUCUGUUCCUACUUCAGGCGCAACUCGGGGUCGUGCAGCCACGGCUCCGCGUGCAGGUACGCGCACUGCGAGGAGGAGCUCCGACCGCGCCCUGACAACACGUGGGACCCUACCUCGGAGCGCGUGAAGAAGGCGCUGAGGUCCGAGGAGAGCGAGAAGCGCGAAGGUCCGGAGGAGGAGGAUAUCAUGAUGACUGAGGUGGUUGAUGACGACGAUGAUGGUGAUAAUGAUAAUGGCGGUGGUUGCUUGGACCCUGGGCUCAGCAAGUGCUUGGUGCAUUUGCCGAGGAACUGGAACUCCGAAAAUUUGAGGAACUUUCUUGGCGAGCAGGGAGUUCACUUUAAAUCUGCAAAGAAAAAGAAAGGAAUGACUGUGGGUUUUGCGAGUUUUGAAGAUGCAGAACAAGUGAAAACUGCACAGGAGGAACUGAAAGGAAAAUCUAUUGGCAACAAAAAUUUAAAGAUUGCUGAUGUCAUUCCUAGAUCAUUUGAUAAGAAAAUUAGAUCAACAGCGGCUCUCCCUCUAAAUGGCCAGCAAACUGGGGAACCUGCAUUGGAUGGAGAGAAUGCAGGAGUAGCUAUAUCUUCUAAUGGGAUUGGGGACGGUGAUACAAAUGAUGACAAUAAAAGUGAUUCAGCAGUUGACGGUUCCGUUUCAAGGGCAAGGAGUGCCCGGGAUGUUGUGACUCCCCUCGCUCAUAUGCCUUAUGGUGAUCAGUUGGAGCAGAAAAAGAACUCUCUCAUGCAGAUUCUCAAAAGACUUACUAGAAAUGCACGAAAAGCGUGUCCUAAUGGUGUUUCACUUCCAGAAUGGGUUCUCAAAUCUAGGGAGAUAGGUGGUCUUCCAUGCAAGCUAGAGGGUAUACUUGAAUCACCACUUGUAAACGGGUACCGCAACAAGUGCGAGUUCUCUGUUGGAUAUUCUGUUCAGGGCAUACUAACAGUGGGAUUCAUGCUCGGUAACUUUAGGCAUGGCGUGACAGCAGUUGAAGAACCCGUGGACUGCCCCAAUGUUUCUGGAAUUGCCUGCAAAUAUGCUUCUAUCUUCCAGGAAUUCUUGCAACAAUCACAAUUACCAAGUUGGAACAGAUUUAAGAAUACUGGAUUUUGGCGUCAAUUAACGGUUCGGGAGGGAAAGACCCUGGGGAAGGUUGUUGAUGUUGAAAAUUCUGAUGCCAGCAUUUCAGAGGUCAUGCUUGUUGUUCAGGUUUGCUCUGUGGGCUUCGAUGAUGCUGUAAUAACUGGUGAAUUUAAGAGGCUGGCUCAAGCUUUUGCUGCAGGAGCUACAGCAAAUUCUCCAUCUUUGCCUCUAACAGCUUUGGUUGUUCAGGAUCACCAAGGAAUAUCAAAUGCUGCACCGGCUGAUGCCCCCUUGCGCCAACUGUCCAUUCCUAUAGCAGGUGGUCCUGAAUUGGAGGCAACCAAUGAUGUUGUAGAGGCAAGAAUUCAUGACUGUAUAGGCAAUCUUCGGUUCUGUAUAUCUCCCACAGCUUUUUUCCAGGUUAAUACUCUUGCUGCGGAGAAGCUGUAUUCACUCGCUGGGGAUUGGGCUGAUUUGGGUCCUGAUACCUUGCUAUUUGAUGUAUGCUGUGGGACUGGAACUAUUGGGCUGACUUUAGCCCAUCGUGUUGGUAUGGUUAUUGGCAUUGAAAUGAAUGCUUCUGCAGUUUCAGAUGCUUUUAGGAAUGCUGAAAUUAAUGGAAUUAAGAACUGUAAAUUUGUUUGUGCAAAGGCAGAGGAUGUGAUGGGGUCAUUAUUGAAAGAGUACCUAAAUGCACCUCAGAAGCUAGAUGAGAUUUCAGAUACUUCUGGAACUAAUGACAAAGAAACCACUUCUGCUGGAGAGAAAGAUACCUUAAUUAACAAAGCACUAGACCCUAAAGAAAGCACAAGUCAUGAUCUUGUAAAUAAUAAAAAUGCUUCUGAUUGUUCAGAAAAUGGAGGACAAGAAGCUGAAAGCCAACUCCACAGGAAUUGCGCUUCUGAAAGUGGGAAUACUUCUGUACAGCAGUUUAAAAAUGUUGUUGCUAUUGUUGAUCCUCCACGUGUUGGACUUCAUCCGAUUGUGAUAAAAGCUCUGAGAACUCAUCCUCGUCUGAGGAGGCUUGUUUACAUUUCCUGCAAUCCUGAAAGCUUGGUGGCUAAUGCUAUUGAGCUUUGCACACCAUCUCCUGAGAAAAUUGAGAAAGGGAAUAAAAACAACCGGGGAUGGAGAAAUAUGAGUAGUGCUGGUCUAGCACGGCACAGGGCCAAGUCGAUGCCCGUUUCAGAGCCAUUCCAACCUGUAAGAGCCAUGGCUGUUGAUCUUUUCCCACAUACUCCACACUGUGAAAUGGUGAUGCUCCUAGAAAGGUAGACACAAACCAAACCCACUCUGGAGAUUACUUGCUUUGGCAUGUAGCCGAUAUCUAAAAGAUUCCUUAAAGGCUCUGAUGAGUUCUGAUUACCCACAAAUUUUGACAGUAUAAGGGUCUUAUCUAACAUUUACCAAUUUUGUACGAUUUUUAUAUUCGUACUCAGUUACCAGAAUUCUGCUUUUACUCUGUUCAACUUAUCGAGUUAUUACCAAUAUUUAUUGUUAUGUUCCCCAAAGGGUUUUGAUUUUUA